AUGAAAGGAGCAUCGCCAAGGCCUGCUUACGUACUCCAGAAGAAGGCAGAAACGAAGCCUAAAAAAGAAAAGAAAGAAGCAAAAAAGGAAAAAGACGACGACGACGAACAAGCAAACGAAAAGACAGCGAGAGAAGACGAAGACGACGACAACAACGACGAAGAAGCGAAGACGAAGAGACAAGAAGAAGAAGAAGAAGAAGAAGAAGAAGAAGAAGAAGAAGAAGAAGAAGAAGAAGAAGAAGAAGAAGAAGGCCAUCCUGCUGUCGUCUACGAACGUCCUCUUUGGCACCGCCAGCUCCGCCUCGUCGACUUGCGCGCCCUCGUCCUCGCCACUGCUGCCCGUCGCUGCCAGCACUCCCAGCAACUCCCAGACUAG